AUGGAGUCCGUCGUCUUUGAUCAGUCCCCUCUCGCCGACUAUCUCCGCGAUGAAGGCGAGGACGACCAUGCAGAGUGGGCACAAUCGGCCGAGUCCGACCAUCAUAUCUCCCCUCCAUCUAGCCCCGGGUUUGCACCUACAGGCCGGCCGUUGGUGAAAACCCGAUUCCGUUCUAAAAUCCCCGCAUCUCUGACUCUCGAGGUCCCAAAGAGGUCGUCAGUCGAUACCUGGAGGAAAAGUUGCUCGACGGCCGUAGCAUCCAGGAUAGACCGUGCGGACAAUACCAAGUUCCUCGAGCAGUUUCGCUACACCAUCGUCGCAUCCCAGCUCCUAAGCGGCUACUCGAUAAGCGGCCAGAAGCAUACACCAGCGCGCCGGCUUACACACGCGACCAAUGGCUAUGAUGACGCUAUCGGAUUCCUCGAUACGACAGGCGCGAUUGGUGCCGUCGUGGCGGCUCUUGCGAUCGCUCUCACGAUCAACUGGCUACUGAGUGGGGGGCCUCUGAACAAGAGACGGCUUGCCCUCGUGCUCUUCUUUGGCGUCAUCGCAGUGGGCGUCGCCCGGGUGUUCAUGCGGCGGCAGUGGCUGCGAUAUCGUCGACACCAAGCACUGUCCGAGAUCGCCUCCUUGGUCUCCAACUCCCAGGAAUUCGACGAUGCCACCUCAGCGGCUAUAUCUCUUAUUCAGGAAGUAGAGCUGGUUUCCCGUGGCUACAGGAUAAGCGCGCCACUCCCACCCAUCAGCCGUAUCGAGAACCGUACGCAGACACGGAGAUGUGUGCGCCUACGAAAGGCUCUGAGAUUAUGUUUCUCGGAAGCUCUACAGAACUAUAACCAAACCUUCGCCGUCGUGAAGGGCUUUUCCGAGCAGCUUAAUCUGGAGAAGUACUACGAUGUUUACGACAUCAGUGACUUGGACAUCUCCGACGUCAUGCAGGGACUGGCAGAGACUGACCCGGAAGAUACCGAGUCGUUGAGGUCGCUGAAGAUCGCGGCAGCCAGGUUCCAUACGAUUCGCAAGAUGUUUCUUUGUGCGCUACUUGCACUCGACGCGAGCGGUGACAGCAACGAUCUUCUGAGGUGGACGACGGCCGUCGAAGCCAUCCGAACGCUCAACUCCAUCACAUCCUUAAACUACGAAAGGCUCAGGUCGAUACUGAGCGAAGAAGAAUCCUUCCCUGUUCCGCCAACUCCUAAAAUGCCCCUGACUCCCGGACGCGAGCGAUGGAGAGGGCAACUACACAAGCUAAAUUCUCUAUCCACGGGCAUUCGUGGAUUGCAAGCGAAGCUUCAUCUUCUGCGGGAGGAAUCGGACAGGACCCUCAACGAAUCGGAUGACAUCUCCGAGCUCGGGUCGAAUCUCAUGGCCCAGUACGAGUCGAUCGGCGUCGACCUCAAGGCCUUGAUGCAGGCUUGGGAGGAGGGCAAGGCAGCCUUAGCCAUGGGUAUUGAUCGAAAUGAGAAGCGUCUCUCCUCGAUGAGCACUCUGCUCUCCCCCGCCAGCUCUCUCAGUGGUCCCACGGCCAUCGAGCAUGGCGGUGGGGCUGGCGGCGCGUUGGAGGCCCUUAAAGCACUGACUGGGGAUUCGGCUGCUAGCAUUGACGGAAGCAGUAAUGCAGACAGCGACGAGGUCUUCGAGGCCGUGGCCAUGCCGAGACCACGAAGCCUCCUCACUCGAGAAGAACGAAUCGCUAAGAUGAAGGAAGACCGGGAAAAGAGAGAGACAGCUAGGGAGAGUGCCGAGGCGACAAGGGGCAUGCUCCGCGAACUUGAGACGGUUAUUAGUCUCAGGCCUCGAAAAGCUACCAGACCCAGGACCAACACGACACCAACUCGGUCGGCAGGGGCACGUAUCACGUCCUUGUGACGGACUCCCAAACUGACCCGAAGAUUUCUACAAGUCAUGACGACAAACAGUUUAACUUAGACAAGCGCAGUUAUCGGCAAUUCCUUCUUUAUGAAUCGGCGUUUUUUGGUGGGGGGAAGGAAACUGAUUUAUUUUCUUUUCGUUUUAUCCCGGCUGGACCUUUGCUCCCUCCUAAUCCCCCAUCCCUUCACUUGUCGAUUUUCCUUUUACACAUUGUAUAUCUCUUGCUCCAGUU